CCUUAACGUAAAGCUCAAAAACACAUAACACCAAGAUCCUUGGAGACUAAAAACAAAACAUAUGGAUGCCAAGAAGGUGACAACGAUCGUGUUUUGCAACGUCGUCGUUUUGCUCCUCGCCACGGUGGUCCAAUCUUGUCCACCUUCCGACCGAGCAGCUCUUCUCGAGUUCCGAUCAAACCUCAACGAGCCCUACAUCGGCGUAUUCAACUCAUGGAGAGGCCAAGACUGCUGCAACGACUGGUACGGCGUGAGCUGCGAUCCCAACAGCCACCGCGUCUCCGCCAUCACCCUCCGCGGAAUCUCCGAGGAGCCUCUCUUCCAGCGCGCCAAACGGAAAGGCGUCAUGACCGGCUCCAUCUCCCCGGCGAUCUGCGACCUCACUCAACUCUCCGGCCUCACCCUCUCCGACUGGGAAGGAAUCUCCGGCGCGAUCCCCACCUGCAUCACCAACCUCCUCGCCAUGCGUCACCUAGAUCUCGUCGGAAACAAAAUCUCCGGCGUGAUUCCGGCGAACAUCGGAAACUUAUCGAAGCUGACGGUGCUGAGCCUCGCCGAUAAUCAAAUCUCCGGCGAGAUUCCGCCGUCGAUCACGAGGCUGACGAGCUUAUCGCAUCUCGAUCUGAGGAGCAACGGCGUGACGGGAGUGAUACCGGGAGACAUCGGGCGGUUGAAGAUGCUGAGCCGCGUUUUACUGAGCGGUAACAAACUCUCGGGUCGGAUACCCGAGUCUCUGACCCGGAUCUACCGGCUCGCGGAUCUCGAGCUCUCGAUGAACAGGAUCACGGGGCCUAUACCUGCCUCGUUCGGGAGGAUGUCGGUGUUGGCGACGCUUAAUCUCGGCGGGAACUUGAUAUCCGGAGAGGUUCCGGGGAGUUUGAUGAGUUCUUCGAUUUCGAAUUUGAAUUUGAGCGGGAACCUUGUUGAAGGGAAUAUACCGGACACGUUUGGGCUGAGGUCGUAUUUCACGGUGUUGGAUCUUUCGAAUAACCGUUUGGAGGGAGGGAUUCCGGAGAGUAUGGAGACGGCGUCGUUUAUUGGGCAUUUGGACGUGAGUCAUAAUCAACUGUGUGGGAAGAUUCCGGCGGGAGAGCCGUUUGAUCGUCUUGACGCGACGUCGUUUGGGUAUAAUAAGUGUUUGUGUGGGACGCCUCUUGGGGACUGUAAGAAAUGAUUAAGAAUGUUUUUGGGGAAAUCAAAGAUUAAUGCAGUUAUUAUGAAUGUAUGUGAUGUAACUACUAGCCGUUUGGUGUUUACUUUAGUCUUGUUCCUCUCUUAUCUGAUUUGAUUCUCGAGCCCUCAUCAAUGAGAGCUAG